CGGAGCUGCGCAUGCGCAGUGCGGGUGGUUUCGGUUGAGCAUUCUUGGCAACCGUCUCGCUCCGUGAACAGGCAGCCGACCGUCGGCGGCAACGAGUGUUUCCACAACGCCUGGAGAUUUGUUUUAAACGGAAUAGGAGCCGAGCCGAAACACCGCAACAGCGUCGGGAAAGAGGCCAAUACUGAGCCCUUUCUGCACUGUGACUUCAUACCCCACCAACUCUACCUGCAUUCGACACAGGAGGCAGAGCAAGGUCUGCAUGACACUGUGAGGUUUUCACAGAAGAGGACGGCUGCUCCCGACCAUCACUGGCCCUCAAUGGACCAGUGAGAUCUUUUUCCACCCUGCAAGUUAAAGGCAAUGUUUUUGGGAGCUGGAGGCCGUAGCACCGUCAGCAGAGUGUGUGUGGGGCCCCUCCUCUUCCUCUUUCCCAGCACCCCUCCAGACAUGGGAUGCCAGCGUCCUGCCCCGCUGCCCUGAGCUCUCCUGGGGAGCCAUGAACAGCUACAGAGACAGAGGGGUCACCUGCACCUCCACAGACCUCCUGGUUGGAGGAGGGUUGCCCCAGCACACUCCGUUUCGUCACACCCCUAAUGGCCACCUGGCUCUUGGCCCCACAGACCCUUACAUCCAACCACGCGUCUCUGUGCCCAAAAUGGGUGUUAGGGCGCGGAUCGCCGAGUGGCCCCCACGCCGCGCGCAGUCCAGGGAGUCGCUGAUCGAAAAUGGGCAAAUGGGCGGCAUUUACCACGGGGACGACGGCUCCACUUCAAUGUCCUCCUCGGUUUUGUCGCCUGACGUCGGUUUGGUGAGGGGAGGUGUUGCCAGGUUGCCACGACGACGGUCCAAGGAUGUGGAGUUCAGGGGAGGAGGGUUCAGCGUGGAUAGAAGUUUCCCUUUUAGCCUGAGAGUGUUCCCUCCGCUGAGACAGCGCUCGAACAGCGAGGUGACGCUGAGCGAACAGGACGAAAACGAGGUGGAGGUUCGUGGAGGUUGCGGGAUGGGGAACCUGUUCAGAGAGUACGGCAGCACCUCUUCUAUUGACAUCCAGGGCAUCCCUGAGCAGAGUUUCUUCGACAUGCUCAGCCAGUUCCACCAGGAGAGGCCUGACCAGCGCAGCUCGGCACCUGUACGCCUCGGGGAGCUGCUGAGCGUUCAGGACUCGCCGCCGAGCGCGUCCCUCCCCUCCGCCCCAUCGCCCGGUCCGUCAGUCGGGGACGACCGAGGGACGGGGAGGAAGGACGGAGCCGAGAGAGUCAGGAAGAAGAGUGGAGGGACGGAGUCGUCGCUGGGCACCUCCUCUCUGUUCAGGAAACUGAGGAGCUCUAGUCGCGGCGAGCUGGACGGAGGGAAAGGAGAGAACAGCGAGGACGGGGGAGGCCGGGUUCCGGCAGACUAUAAACUGUGGGUGUGCCCCAAGAGCUUUGUCCACUUUGAUGCUCAGAGUAUCCUGUUUGACCUCCACGAGGCGGCGGCUCAGCGGGGUUACGCCGCACAGAGGAGGAACACCGCCACGGGGGCAUCGGCUGCGUCGGUGUCCCUGACCGUCUCCAAAUCCUCGGCUCCGAGCGCUAACGAACCCGUUUACUCCAGCAUAGAGGAUCUGACCCUCAGCCUGGACCCCGGCUCCAUGACGCCCUCUCAGGGCAUGGAGCCGCUGGACGGCCCCGCCGGAGCCCACAACUCGAGCCCGCUGCUCCUCUGCUGCCCCCACUUCCUCAACGAGACCGGAGGCCACGGGGAGCGCAACAUCAGCUUCCUCAGCUCGUCGGCGGAGCGAGACGGCGGAGGAGACGGAACGAGGGGUUGGCUGAGGAGGAGCAACGCCAGCGUCUCGGUGCUCGAGGUUCCUAUCGAACAGCAGGUGACGAGGCUGGACAGGCUGAAGCUGUACGGCAUCGAGCAUGUGGACCUGGGGGCCAGGUACUACAGAGACUACUUCCACGGGAAAGAGCACUCAAACUACUUUGGGACGGACGAUAAGAUGGGAGCCGUGGCCGUGAGCAUCCGCAGGGAGAAGUUGGAAGACACCAAAGACUUGAAAGACCAGUACCAGUACCGCCUCAUCGUCAGGACCAGUGAGCUUGUGACCCUGCGAGGCUCCAUUCUGGAGGAUGCGGUGAUGUCCACGGGGCGGCACGGCACCGUGCGAGGUCUGCCGCUGAAGGAGGUCCUGGAGCAGGUUGUCCCCGAGCUCAGCGUCUCCUGUUUGAGGCUGGCGCUCAACACGCCCAAAGCCACCGAGCAGCUCCUUAAACUGGACGAACAGGGGUUGAGUCAGAAGCACAAGGUGGGUGUUCUGCUGUGCCGUGCGGGCCAAAGCACAGAGGAGGAGAUGUACAACAACGAGGAGGCGUCACCCGCCUUCUCUGCCUUCCUGGAGCUGCUGGGGGAGCAGGUCCUUCUCAAAGGAUUCGACAAAUACGCCGCGCAGCUCGACACAAAAACGGACUCUACGGGCACCCACUCCCUGUACACCACCUACCAGGGCUACGAGGUCAUGUUCCACGUGUCCACCAUGCUGCCGUACAUGCCCAACAACCCACAGCAGCUCCUGAGAAAGAGGCACAUAGGGAACGACAUUGUCACUAUAAUCUUUCAAGAGCCGGGAGCGCUGCCUUUCACUCCGCAGAAUAUCCGCUCGCACUUCCAGCACGUCUUUGUUAUUGUCCGUGUGCACAACCCCUGCUCUGAAGGCACCUGUUACAGUGUCGCUGUGACCAGAAUGAAAGACGUGCCUCCUUUCGGCCCGCCCAUCCCCAGCGGCGUCACUUUCCGUGACCGCGAAACCUUUCGCAACUUCCUUCUCGCCAAAGUCAUCAAUGCAGAAACCGCGGCGCACAAGUCCGAGAAGUUCCACACCAUGGCGACGCGGACGCGGCAGGAGUACCUGCGCGACCUGGCCGAGAACUACGUCAGCAGCACGCCGCUCGACACCGCCGGCAAGCUGAACAACCUCAUCUCCCUCGCAUCCAAGAAGCGGGAGCGCUCCAAGGCGAGGGAGGGAGCCGAGCUGGGCGCCGCGGGGGCCAUCGCCUGGAGGGUCCAGGCCCAGGACUUCAGCGGAGGCGGCACGGAGCUCCCCUGCGCCCUGGGUUUGUCGGCUGAAUACGUCCUCCUCACGGACUGCUCCACCAAAGAGGUGGUGUUCAACUGCUUCUGUGCGGACGUGAUCGGCUGGACGCCGGAGCGGCUCACCCUGAAGAUCUUCUACGGCCGAGGAGACCACAUCGCCGUGCGCGUACCAGAAGGCUGCGCACAGGACAUCAAGGAGAUGGUGCAGAGGUUAAAGUCCCUGACAUUGGGAUGUGAGACGGUGGAUAUGACUCUGAGGAGGAACGGACUGGGUCAACUGGGCUUCCAUGUUCGCCUGGACGGCACAGUGGCCGAGGUGGAGGAAUACGGCUUCGCCUGGCAGGCCGGACUGAGACAGGGCAGUCGGCUGGUGGAGAUCUGCAAGGUGGCCGCGGUGACGCUGACCCACGAGCAGAUGAUCGACCUGCUGAGGACCUCGGUCACGGUCAAAGUCAUCAUCAUUCCUCCGUACGAAGAGGGGGGGCCUCGCAGGGGCUGCACAGAGGAGUAUGAGAUGAAGACCAUGGAACAGAAGCCAGAACCUGAGCCUCUGGCGGCAGGUUAUCGACCCUCCCCUCGCCCGACGUGCCGAUGGGACAGCCCCCCCAUUCCUCCGGGGCUCCACAGUGUUCCCAACCAUCAGCGCUGGGUCCCCAUGGGUCCCCCACCUCCUCCACUGGCUCGCUUACACAAGACCAUGGUUCCCGUUCCCUACAGGGAGCCCCAGCACCUCAACUCAAAGAGGCCUGUGAGCUACCCGGAGAACCACUACAGUAUGUCUCCCGCAGUAGUGCUGCCCUACAGAAACCCUUCUGCCAGCUUCUCCUCGCCUUCCUCGGGCCUGGUAGGCCUCUCCACAAUGGGGCCACCUGGAAUCACACCAGGCCCCUUCAUGCGCUACAAACCUUCCCCCGACAGAUAUGGAGCAGGACAGCGCCCCCUCCUGCCCUAUGAGCCCCAUUUCAGUGUGGACAUCAAUUCCAGUGGAGACUCUUCCUCAGGCUUCACCAGUCAGGAGAGCACCAUGGAGCGCUGCAAAACAGAACCCCUCUGGCACGUCCCUGUGCCGUCGUCCCGAGGGCCGGGUGGUGGAGGGGGACAGAGGAGACCAACCAGACAGGAUGUCCCCGGGAAAGACUCUCCGAACAGACACUCGAAGGGCGAGGCGCAGUACUCCAGCCACUCCAGCAGCAACACGCUGUCCAGUAACGCCUCCAGCGGCCACAGCGACGAGCGCUGGUUCGACGGCGGACCCAUAGGAGAGCGAGGAGUUGGCGGUUGCCUCGGCGACCCGGUGGACCCUGACCCCGACCUUCUCAACAAGGGGGGGUCCAACGACAGCGGAAUCGACGCCUCCACCCACUACAACAACCAUCGCCAGGGCAACAUGUCCAACAGCCAGUCCCACAAGCCAAUGCACUGCUUCGCAGCGUACAGCGGCGUCCAGGAGCUGUCGGUGGGGAGGGGCAGCGGCGGAGAGGGGAGGAGACGAGAGUCUUCGCCAAUCAUGGCAGCUCCGGCAAAUCAGAACAAAGGGUACCGCACCAGGACAUUCCCGCCUCCCGGCUCCAGCGUAGAUAAAAUUGAGGCUUUCAAGCCCAGGGCCUACACACCGCAGGGCUACAAGACACCAACAGCUGAGAGAGCGCGGGCCGUCCGAGCGGCCACGACAACGCCCACCUCAGCCUAUUUGAGCUCCGCCCCUCUGUCAAGCUCGGCUCCCAAGGCCUUCUAUGGGAAGAGCAGACCAAGCGCCUGGCAGAACGACGACAGCAGUCCGUCACCUUCCAACACUACGAGCUCCAGCUCCGACAGCAACAAGAGCAAGAAGCAGGUGGAUGCAAACUCAAAGAACGUGUUUGGGCAACCUCGACUGCGAGCUUCACUGAGGGACCUGCGCUCUCCGAGGCGCACUUACAAAAGCACCAUCGAAGACGACCUGAAGAAACUGAUCAUCAUGGACAACCCGGGAGAGACUCCCCAAAGGGAUCCGUCUCCCAGACGGACCUUGCAGCGCACCUUCUCCGACGAGUCACUGUGCAGCGGGCGCAGGGACGCCAGCUUCGCCAACUCGGAGAACCCGACGGCGGCCACCGACGUCCUGUUCACCUGCACGCUGCCCACGCGCAGACACGCCGUCUCCUCCAACCAAAACCAGAGCAAGAAGGCUGUGCUGCUCUCUUGUCCCUCAGGGCCUUUGUCCGCCUCAGAGCUGUCCCUCACAGAGGUGAGAGACAAAGUCCCUCCGCUGAGGAGGCUCGAUCCCGGGCUCAUGCCUCUUCCCGACACAGCCAGUGGCCUGGAGUGGUCCAGCCUGGUCAGCGCCGCUAAAGCCUAUGAAGGUGAGGAUGGAGACACCUCAGGAUUAGCACAACGAGCAGUUUCCCUCUUCUCGCUGACCGAGCCACCGGCCGGAGGUCCGGACGUGAGACCAGUCGUCAGUCCGGUGCAGUUUCAGACUCCUCAGACGCCGCGGACCACACCGACCUUCAGCGGCGACGAGGUGCCCAGCGACUUGUCCGGUCGGCUUCUCCACCUGGAAGUGAUGUUGAAACGGCUGAACAACGAUCUGGAUAAAGAGAAGAAGGAUAAAGUCAUUCUGCUGGCAGAGAUGGCCAACCUGAGAGAGAACAACCAGCGCCUGCAGGAGGAGAGCCUCACAGCCAGCGAGCAGCUGCGCAAGUUCAGCGGCAUCAUCACAAACGACAAAAAGGAGAGUGACGCACAAAGCUGACUCCAGGAGGGAGUGACACCUGCAGAAGAAGAGAGUACCCAUGAUUCCUUGCACGUGCAGCGGUGGCAGAGGUCACAAUGAUGUCACCUCACUCAGCUUCCGCAGGACCGCCUUAAACUGUGGAGAGAGCAAAAAAAUAAGACGAUUGAUUUUAAAAAUGCAUUGCUCCCUGAAAGUCUCCCCACAGAACAGAGACCCUCCCUCUCUCAUCUCUGCAUCUGUUUAUUUUUAUAGACUGAAGUCAAAAAGUCUUAGAUACUUGUGUCUAUAUAUAGAUAUACGAUAUCCCUUGUUAUCUAUAUACAUAGAUAUACAUACAUAUGCUACUAUGCCAGAGGAGCGAGUAGGAGAGGAAACUGUUUGACAGAACGCUACAUCACCUGGAGAGGCCUAAUACUGUUCCUGAAGCGAAUCAGCCAAAAAAAGACUCAUUACAGACUGCAUCUCCCAGAAUGCACUAGAAGUAAUGGAAGCUCUACAGACAUGGUACUGUAGAUAGAUGCCUGUGUGGUACAAUUCUCAUGUAUCGAUUUGACCUAUAUUGUGCUGAUAUUGUCGUACUAAAGAGGUGUGUGUGUGUGUGUGUGUGUGUGUGUGUGCGUGCGCGUGUGUGCGUGCGCGUGUGUGUUUGUAUAGCUGAUGGUACUCGGAAACAUUACCGCACAACACAGUUUGUGCUCAAGGCAAAAGGCCUUUUACUACGCUGUGAUGUGAGUGUGUGAGAUGGGAUGUGUUUGAGUGAUGAACAAACCAGUUUACUGUAAAACGAACACCUGCGGGGCUCCGUCUUCUUCUGUCCUCCGUUUACAUGGAUGAACCUGUGGCCCUUUAGAUGUGAAAAAACCCAGUGUGAAUGAUGUCAUGCAGCUCAGAGAUGUUAUUAGUAUCACCUCAUCAGAUGUGGUUCAUUGCUCACCUUUUUUCUGCGGGGCCGUAUCAUCUCAGAUCUAAAUGUACCGGACCAUUGUUUUUAACGUUGAGUCUUUAUCACAGAAAAAAGAGCAUUUAAAAGACGUAGGUAAUCCAGUAGUUUGACGGAUUUUCUGUUAAAUAUAGGGUAAAACGAAAAAACUGUUAUUAGCUCAGCAUGAAGACUGGAAACACAGGAACGCGCGUCUAGCAGCACCUCUUAAGCUCACUAAAUGAACAAGUUAUUCCUUGUUUGACUCACAUACUCUACACAUUUAUUGCUUUUCACACUAUUGUUCUGAGAGUCGUAACCUGCGGCGAUUUCAAACUAUUUAUCACAUUUGAUCAAAUACUUGAUAGCUGUUCAAAAUGUCAAACUAUUCAACGUCUAUUUGCAUACUAAUCAAAAUGCAGGUGUAUCGUGUGAAGCUCCUUCAUAACCGAUCCGGUCCGUCUGUGUGCGUGAGAGAGGAUUUUGUGUUCUUUGACAACCGAACACCAAACACUAUUUAUACUGCUAGCUUGCUUAAUGAUAUUGUCUUACUAUAUCUAUUUUUCAUACAGAAAUAACAAGCGUUUCUUUCGGACGUUGGUUCUGAACAUUUUUCCAUGGGUCAGUUUGACUUAUUGCUGAUAAAAUCGUACUGAAUGAUGAGCUUCUCUCGUGAGGUUUCUCCUUCCCUGGUCUGACUGGAACUGUUGAAUUAGAAAUUAGAACUCUCUCAGGAUGCUGUUAAGCGACACUAAGCCCUCAGACGAUGUAAGUCAAAUGUCUCCCUUUAAUAUUUAUGGCUAUAUUUGGACAUUUUAGGUAAAUCUGACCUUUUAAUGGCAAUAUUGAUGUUUCUAAUUAUUGAGGUUCCUUGAAGUCGACUAUAUCUUUAUAUAAAAUGAUAUGCAGGGGAAAGGUGCUUCCUUCUUGCCCACUGCUACUGUCAGAAGUCCUUUUCUUUUACACAAGAGGGAACAAGUUGUAUUUUGACUGCGAGCUGCACAGAAAACUGCCAUGUCCUCAGCCAGCUGUCACAUUAAUGCCAGUAACGCUCAUAAAUGCUCCUUCUACAAAUCCCUCACUCAGAUGCUCCUAAAGAAAAGAAGUCUUAUUUCCGGUUUGGGCAUUUUUUAUUCUUAUGACACUCCUCCCAGGAAGGAAGUCCUUCAUUCACGCAGCUUUGCAGGUGUGGCUGUGAUUUUAGUAGUUUGCUUGUGUAAAAAUGGGUGAGUUGUUUUUUUGUACUGUAUAAUUAAGCUAUUUAUAGCAUACACAGUUGAACAAAUCAAUAUCGCAACAUGGAUAAAGGUAAUAUUGUAUAAUUAGUUUUUUUUUUUUAGAUGUUAAAUAAUUGGAUAAUUUAUUUUUUAACAUUCCCACUGUUGAGAUGUGAGUACUGUGUUUUUAUUUGUAUGCAGUUUUAUUUCUGAUGUGUAGGAUUCAUUUUCUGGCGUCGUGCUUCCUGCACAGGGCAGCGGUGUUUGGGUUGUAAUAACUUGUACAUUUAAGUGUAAAUUAUGUUUCAUUAUUUUAUAAAAUAUAUUAAAACAUUAAACCUG